GUAUAAUAAGCAUGAGCUAAUUCGUUGUAAGCAAUCUUUUGACUAACACUUCUCCGUAUUAGGAGAGGUGGCCAGGUGAAAAUGCAAUAGCGGAGUGCGCGACUAACCUUAUAGGGUCAUAGUUCGUCCCAUUGAGUCUCUUAAAAGUUCAGAUUGAAGUUCAAGACUAAUGAAUUAGAAUACGAGACGUAUUUAUGCGUACAAGCUCGCUCUGAAAUUAAAUCCAAAAAAUAAAUCUAAGCCAUCUUAUGUGAUAACCGUCAAUCUUAUACCGCUUGACAUUAACCAUCAUCUAUCUAUAACUGCCUAACAGGUAACCUAGUAGGCAAUUAACCUUUACGAUUAAGAACUCGUUUCUAUUUUCUAUAAUCCGAACUCAAACUUCGAGUUAAGGCUCAGUAUAUGAACACUAUUAAGAACACAAUGUCUAAAAUGCUCUCGCAUGCUAAAAUCACUCCUCACCGGUCGGCUGCCCGUGGGCAUUCGGAUCACGGCUGGCUCAACACUUACCACAGCUUUUCGUUCGCCGACUGGUACGACCCUAGGUUUACGCACUUUGGCUCGUUGAGGGUAUUAAAUGAAGACCGAGUCAAGCCGAAUUCGGGGUUUCCAACACACCCUCAUCGCGACUUUGAGAUUUUUAGUUACAUCAUCUCCGGCGAACUAACCCACCGGGAUAGUAUGCUUCGUAAGGGUGCCGAGGGUGGGCAGUCGGACAAGUUUUAUCGGAUGGGUCGAGGGGAUGUCCAGUUUACCACCGGGGGCACGGGCAUUGCGCAUUCCGAACAGAACGAGCACGCAAGAGAUACGGUUCAUUUCCUCCAGAUCUGGGCAAUUCCGUGGAAACGAGGACUCACCCCUAGAUACCACACUCGCCAUUUUGAUGACGAGGAGAAGCGCAAGGGUUUCGUGCCUAUUUUGAGUCCGCUCAAGGGUGGUCCGGAGGCUACAUUUGAGCAGGAGAAAGUUGCCGAGCCGACAAUUGAGGGGACCAUACCUAUUCAUGCCGACUUCGUCAUGGGAGCCGCUUUAAUCCCGCCUCAGGGAAGAUUCGAUUGGGUUAUUGGGGCCCACGCCGCGGAGAGCAGCAGGAGAAAGGUGUACGUUCAUGUUCCGAUGACGAAGAAGGGACAAGCAAAAAUCCGACUCGACGGUCGUGACGAGGUUCUUAACGAAGGCGAUGGCGCAUUUAUUGAUGGUGUUAAUGCGGGGGACAGGUUGACUGUGGAAAGUAUUGGUGAAGUGGAAGCCGAGGUCGUGGUUCUCGAUACAGCGUGAUUAAUCAUUUAAAUCCCGUUUAGUUUUACUUUUAUCUCUUCGGGAAUUGUCUUCCUUUGUUGAAAGAGAAAAAUGAGUAUCUACUCAUUGGCGAAGAGCACCUAACUUACCUAGUUAAGUGGCAAAUAUAAGCAGCAUUUAUUUCAAAGGUAUAGACGCAUAUGUAACCAGUAUCAUUACCAAGUUAUAAGUCGUCGCCCGAGCCUGGUAUACACAUAGGUAUGGAUGCGCAGGUUAGAUUCUGCGCAAUUGCGCAAUGGUUGUGGAGGGGAAAACUGUCAGCAUUCACCACCUCAAAAUAAUCCAAAUCUC